CCAUUCCUGCUGAAAUCCCUCCCUCCCUCGCUACCACUUUCCUUCCCCCAAAUCAUAUCAUAUAAAUACAUUCCGCUGCUUUCCCAUGGAAUCAAUGGUGUCACACAAAGAUUUGCAACAAAUGAAGCCAUCACAUCAAGUUAUUAACAACAAGAAGACCAACAGAACAUCACUGAUCGUCAACAAAUGCACUUGUUUCCGAUCAUCGGACCAUGGAUACCCCACCCUUGAUGAACUUGACGGACAUGGUAACGUCGAUAUGAAGUCUGCUUCUGCCCACACUAAUCACCCUCCCACUCACCUCCUCGUUAUGGUUAAUGGUUUGAUUGGAAGUGCUCAUAAUUGGAGAUAUGCCGCAAAACAGUUCUUGAAGACCUAUCCUGAGGAUCUUAUUGUUCACUGCAGUGAACGAAACUCUUCAUUAUUGACAUUUAAUGGUGUUGAUGUGAUGGGAAACAGAUUAGCGAACGAGGUGACAUCUGUUAUAAAGCGUCAUCCUGGUCUUCAAAAGAUAUCUUUUAUCGGUCACUCGCUUGGUGGCUUGGUAGCAAGAUACGCUAUUGCUAAGCUUUACACACAAGAUUCAACAAAAUUAGCAUGUCAAGAAAAUGGAGACCCUACAAAUGAUGCAUCUAAUGAGCAAUGCUCAGAGCAUAUCUCUAGCAGACGAAUUGCUGGAUUAGUGCCUAUAAACUUUAUUACUGUUGCCACUCCACAUCUUGGUACAGGAGGACAUCGACAGGUCCCAAUGUUUGGCGGAUCUAACACUGUUGAGAAAGUAGCUCACCAUAUAUCAUGGGUUCUUGGAAGAACAGGGAGACACUUAUUUUUGACUGAUAAGGCUCAGGGGCAGCCCCCUCUAUUGCUUCAGAUGGUCGAAGAUCGUGAAGACUUAAAGUUUUUUUCGGCGUUGCAGUCAUUCAAGCGCCAUGUUCUCUAUGCAAAUGCCCAUUUUGACCACAUUGUAGGAUGGAGCACAUCAUCUAUCCGCCGUAGAAAUGAGCUGCCUCAGCGUAAACGUCUUGUAAGAAGUGGCAAAUACCCCCAUAUUUUAAAGGGAGAGACAACAACUACCAUAAAAGAAGAAGGGUCUAUGAAAUCACAAGUGAAUAGUUUCAAGACAGCCAGAGCCUCCAUGGAAGAAGCAAUGAUCGAAUCGUUGACUAAAAUAAGUUGGGAAAGAAUUGAUGUUAGCUUUAAAGGAAGUAAACAAAGAUACUUUGCCCACAACACAAUCCAGGUAAACACUCCUUGGAUGAAUUCUGAUGGCGCUGACAUUAUACAACAUCUUGUUGACAAUUUUCAUCUGUAGCUAGCAAUAGCAUGGACACAUGGUAACACGUAACUUGGUAUUUGUUUCCUAUUAAAUAGACGAAGGAAAUCAUUUUUAUCGAAUAAUUAGUGAGGCAUAGUUGUUGUUGUAUAUAUAAUUAAGCAAUCAAGCAAGCAAGUAGCUGCUGCUGGCUGCCAUAUUUGUAAUCUUCACUGUUGUUGUAUCAAUCAGUUAUUUUAGUCCAAA